AGUAAAAUGCUUACCCAUCAAACGUUCACUUGUAAACGCCGAUUCCUAGGUGAAUCGUCGUUUUUGCUUGAAAGUCUAAUAUGGAAACUAAUAAUGAUAAUUUAUUUCACAGUCAAUCUCAAUUAAAUAGAUUUUUAAUUCUUUUGCCAAAUACUGGUCUCGAUGCGGAAGAUAUUUGGGAUUUAUACAAUGAUGAAACUCGGCGGAUAUUUGCUGCGUGGAAGCGGAGAUCAUUAAAGAAAAAACCUCCUAUCCCCAUUUACAGUAUUGAGAAUGCUAAGCCUACAACUCUCCCAAUUACAGCAUCUAAAGACUGGGCAAAGAAGAGAAAUAAAAAAGAAAACGAUAUAAUUGAAUCAACGAUCCAAGAUAUCGAGCGAGUACAAGAGGAACAAGCUCGAAUAGAAAGAGAAAAGCGCGAACGUGAAUUGCGGUUGAAAAUCCAGCAAGAAGAAGCGGAGCGAAAGAGGAGAGAGGAACAAGAACGAAAAGAAAAGGAGAAAAGGGAAAGAGAACUUUUGGAAGCGCGAGAACGGGAAAAAAGAGAAAGGGAAGAGCAGAGUAAAAAGGAUGAACUAAGAAAAACUCAGAGUCAUGCUUCACAGCGUGAAAAGGAAUUGAAAGAACGAUUCAAGGAUGAUCCCAAAGAGGAUGCUAAUUAUUAUUGGAACAUCAUAGAAACCAUCAAAAGUGACAUAACCAAACCUGUGUCUGAAAACAAAGAUCUCAAAAACUUUUGUUUUUCUCAGAGACGGAAAAUUACCCCACGGUUGGGACAAAUAACCAAGAGUAACAGCCAGAUUCAGAAAAUCACUAGUCUACUACAAGGGACGUUUCAGGAAGCUCAAACAAAAGGACCUGUAGUGUAUAAAUGGAUACUGAAUUUCUUCUGUAAGGCUGUUGUAAAGCAAGCUGAAGCCGAAGUAUCAGUGAAUCUGUCUAGUGCCUUUCCAUUAGCAAAGCUCUGCCUGUUGUUAUGUUUUCAGAACCCAGAUCUUUUUGAUUUAUUACUCGCACGAUUACAGAAAAAGUGUCCAUGGGUGAUCCCUGAAAUUUACGAUUUACAUACAGAAAUUGGACGAAAAAAGAUGGGCUACAAAAAAAUGACUGACGGACGAUACGAACAACAAGCUCCUUAUAUUGAACGGCAGUGUGGCAUUUUUGCUGUUUAUGCCGCAUUCGUAUCCCUAGACGACUCGUUAGCCCCCAGGAGUUGGAGACUUUUCUCUCGGCUUCUAAACUUAACAUCUCCUAGAGAGUUUUUGGAUAAGGAUAUAGAAUUAGGCCAAAUCCUUUGCUCUAUUGUAACUACAUAUUUGGACAUUGCUGGUCGGGCCCUUUUGCGUACAUAUGGAAAUCAAGCCAGGAAAUUGCUCUCUGCGUCUUUUAGUAAGCUAUAUGUUGGAGAGGAACGAGGUGGAAGUCCAUAUGGCCGUUUGCGUAUCGUUGGUGAGGACUGGUUGAAUGGUAAAGGAGGACUAGACUUCUCUUUUGAACCCUAGAUAUUAUGAGUUUUUAAAGUUUUUUUUGAUAAAUUAUGAUCAUCAAGCAAUUUUAUUUAUACAACUUCUCUAUUGUACGCGUUAUACUAAAGUACUAAC